GCAACUCAACUCAAACCAGAGCUCCUGACAAACAUGUCUUACGCCUGCAACUCUGGAAACUUCUCCUCACAGUCUUUUGGAGGCUUCUUGAGGCAGCCGGUCUCUACCUACAACUCUUUCUACCCCACCGGCCAUGUAGUUUAUUCUCCAAAGCACUUCCAGCAGGGCUCCUCUUUCUGCAAUGCACAGCAGGAGACCUUCAACGAGCCACUUGAGGGCCACUUGCCCUGUGUGGGUACUGCAUCCUUCCAGACAUCCUGUUUCCGCCCCAAGCAAUACUUCUCCAGCCCUUGCCACGGAGGAUUUACUGGAUCUUUGGGAUACGGCAAUUCCGGCUUUGGAUCUUUCGGAUUCGGAAGCUGCGGCAUUCGCUCUCAGGGCUUUGGAUCCAACUUCCACCGCCCAGGAUACUUCUCUUCUAAGAGUGUCCAGUCAUCCUAUUACCAACCAGGCUACACCUCUGGCUUUUGUGGGUCAAAUUUCUGAACAUCCCACUUGUCUCCUGAAGGUUUCUCUACCAUAUGGGACUUAAAUGGCCUUUUCUCCAACAUUUAGGAUUGUUCAAUGAGCAUUUGUCUCUCCCGGACUCAGCAUCUUGAUAUACCUGGAAGCAAAUUAUUUUUUGAAGACAAAGUAACCUUGGCCUUUAACCUACCUUUGACCUUUCAACUCUACCACAAGAGAGAGCUAGCAUUUUUAACUAUUAUGUAAAUGCUGGCGUCGUUUCUGGUACCAUCAGUGUUUCUAAAUUUCUUCUCUAUUUCCUGAGGAUUUGUUCACUCAAAUUUAUUUUAAAUAAACUUAUGCCUGCAG